AUGUCUGCAGAAGCACCAAAGUCUACCAUCGCCGGGACGCCUGCCGUCUCUGAGCCAGUCACCCUUCAGCCUGCUGAGACCACAAUCGGCGGAUCCAGCACCUCGACUGCACCGGCAGUGGACGGAGCAACUUCCACCGAUGCCGCAAACGAUACCGGGGCAUUGCAGGGCGAGGCGGCUGCCACCGAGGCAACCAAGAACACUGUGGAGCCCAUCUACUCGGGUGCACUGAAGUAUAAAGCACCAGGUCUUGUCAACAGCUUCCUUGGCUCGAAGAAGUACUUCUGGCUCGGCGACGAGGCGGUCUCCGCACAGAACCUCAGCUCGUACCUCCGCGGCGAGAAGGCAGAGGUCGCACACCCGACUGCCGCAUGGUCAAGCCAGACUGGCAAGGGCCUCCUUUACUUUGCUAAGCAUCCCACUGACAAGGCAACCCCGGCUGGUGUUCUCAACUUGGCGGACGCGUCCGAUCUCAUAAAGGAAGGGUUUGAAAGCUUCUCCUUCAGGAUUCAUGGGCAGAAGCACACUUUCGAAACCAAGACGAUUAUCGAGCGUGAUGGCUGGCUCCUCGCCAUGGAGAAGACCAUGGAGGAGGCAAAGGCUUCCAAGGACGGCAUCCUGAGCAGUGAAGGAUACAAGGAGAGCGUCUCGCAGCUUGGCAAGCCGGCCGCGCUAGCGGGUGCGUCCCAUGCUGCCGCCAGCUCCACCCCGAGGAAGAGCAUCGACGCUCUGAAGCCUACCGACGGUCCCGCUCGCCGGGGAUCCGCCAGCAGCAGCUCGUCUUCGGACGUCAAUGGCACGAAGAAGUCUAAGAAGUCCAAGAGCAAGAGCCGCUCCGUCUCUCGUGGCAAGCGUGCUAGCAUCUUCGGUUCCUUGAUGGGCAAGAAGGAAGAGCACGAUGUGAAGAAGGCGGAGAAGCACGAGGACGCGCCUGCCAUGCCUGCUGUCGUGGAUACGACAAGGACAGAUGCGCCGGUCGUCGCAGGAACUACUGCACCUAUUGACGCCCACGCCAUUGCCGAACGUGUCCUGGAAGCUCCGGCAGUCACCAUUGAGCCUUCGGCGACUACCGCGACUGCUCCUGUAGCCACGACUACAACCGAGGGCAUCACCGAGGCCACCGAACCGAAAAGCACUACAACCGCUCCAAAGCCGACCAAGCGUGGAUCCGUCUUUGGGACAUUCUUUGAAAAGGUUCGCAGCCCGGUUCAUGAGAAGAAGGAGAGCGAGGUUGCUCCCACGGUUCCACCCAAGGAUACCGAAACAUCAGCCACCGCUCCCACUACGGAGACCAGCGAGCCUCUCACCUCGGCUGCUCCUCUCAGUGCCCCGACCGAGACCACGACUGCGACCUCGGCAGCGGCGACCACACCCCACAAGGAGAGGGAGAACUUCUUUGGGAAGUUCCUGGGCAAGAAGGAGGCCAAGUCGCCAGCCACCGAGGCUCCUCCUGCCAUGCCAACCACCGAGAAGGCUACAGAGACUCCGGCUGCUGCCCCAAUGGUCUCGCCUGCGGCCGAAGAGAGGAUCACCGACGUUCCCGCCAACGGCGCUGCCACCACUGUUCAUUCCACUGCCACGCCCGAGCCGAAGGACAAGCGCCGCACUUCCUUCUUUGGAAACCUUACCGGCAGCGUCAAGAAGGACAAGAAGCCAGAAAACCAUGUUGAGGGUGAGUUGCCUGUUGAGACUGAGCACAAGCAGUCGGGCGUCUCCAAGCUCGGUGGUCUUUUCCGCAACCCCAGCAAGGCUAUGAAGUCCAACAAAGAGACGAAGAAGGAUAUCACUCCUCCGUCGACGGUUGAGGAAGGCAGCGAGGCGCCUGUGCUCCCUGCCCCGACAUCAGAGACCGCUGCUCAUGUCGGCACUGAUGGUCCCCUCGGCACAGACGAGAUCACCCCAGCCGGCCAGACAUCCCUUGGCAAUGUUAGUGGAAAUGGCAUUCACAAUGGCCAGACGCCGCCCCAAAGCACUCCUGCAGUCCAUGCCACCGCAUAA